AUGGACAUCGACAGUCGCAUAAAGGCAUACCGCUUCGUUGGAUAUGCGGCUGUGACCUUCUCUGCUGUGGCCGUACUGUCUGUCUGCAUCACUCUACCCCUGGUCUACAACUAUGCUAGACAUAUUCGUCGCGUUGCUCAUCAUGAACUCACGCAGUGCAAAGUCUCAGCCAAGGAUGUAUUAGAGGAUGCUACGAAGCUACCAGAGACUAACAGAACAGCUAGAAUGCUGGUACGGCGUCAGUAUGAAGUACCUCCCGAAGCAGCAGUAACCGCAGUUGCCGCUGGAUACUGCCAAGGUUGCUGCUUACCCGGCCCACAAGGCCCUCCUGGCCCGCCAGGCAGACCUGGCCGUCCAGGAAAAGCUGGGGCACCAGGAGCUCCUGGAAAUCCUGGUCGACCACCUCAAUUGCCCUGUGAGCCUAUAACUCCACCACCCUGUCGUCCUUGUCCUCCUGGACCUCCUGGACCUCCAGGUGAACCCGGACCUAUUGGAAUGAGUGGUCCAAUCGGACCUCCCGGUCCCCCGGGUCUUGCUGGACCUGCAGGACCGCCAGGCAUGAAAGGUCCACCAGGACCUCCAGGCAAAAUGGGAAUACCUGGCCCACAAGGACCACCCGGAGAAUCUGGCAAAAAUACUGAACCGCAGCCUGGACCUCCCGGACCUCGUGGACCUCCAGGACCACCUGGUCCCCAAGGUCCACCUGGAUUACCUGGAAGUGAUGGUCAAAAUGGCGAAACUGGACCGAAAGGACCUCCUGGAGCACCUGGUCAGCCUGGAGCAGACGGACAACCUGGCGCACCAGGACAGCCCGGACAAGAUGGACCUCCUGGACAGCCUGGUAUUUGUCCCAAAUACUGUGCUCUCGAUGGAGGAGUGUUCUUCGAGGAUGGAACACGACGCUAA